AUGAGUAUUUUAUCACAAGUCCGGGACGUGGUUAGCGACCUCGAGCCACACACAGUCGCGCUUCUCUCUAUCCUUGCUGUGGGCCCACCCUUGUUUCUGUCACUCGUAUCCACGUUUUUUGGUCUACAGCUGGGAUCUAUGAUUUUAGAUUAUAUUGGUUUGGGUUGGCUGUGGGGAGAUGGUGAAUCCAGAAUCGAUAGAAAGGGUUCGGGAAGGAGGAAUAAAGGUAUAAGGCGAAGGGCUGACUUGACCCAAGAUUCCCAGUCAACAUUAGUAUCCAAAGGUUGCUAUCCCGGAUUGGUUAACAUAUCAGGGACAUAUUGCUUUUUCAAUUCGACAGUGCAGGCGUUUGCAUCUCUGAGCUCACUGCAGCCUCAAAUUGAAGAGAUUUAUAAGAAUGCAGAGGAUUGGGAUGUAUCGACCCCAGUGUUGGAUGCACUCCGCAAGGUGCUUAUAGACCUUAAUACACCUCAUCGUCGGCCCUCGUCGUUUAGACCUUCCGAGGUCAUCAAAGCAUUAUCUGGGUCAGACUCGGGAAAACGUAGUGCAUUAUUCUCAUCCCGUGAACACCAGGAUGCACAGGAGCUAUUUCAGCUAUUGUCCAGCGUCGUUCGAGAUGAAGCCGGGACGGUUUUGCAAGAGCGAUUGCGUGAGAGGGGCCUAGGCGGGUUGGCGACAGCGGGGACACUUCAGACUUCAGACUCAGAUGUCUCGACCCGGAGUGUAUUUGACGGGCUUAUGGCACAGCGCAGGAGUUGCGUUGAUUGUGGAUACACGGAGGCUGUCAGACAUUUUGCGUUCGAUAACGUCUCUCUAUCCGUUCCCCCCUUGUCCGGGACUUCACUGUUCCAGUGCUUGCAAGACUACACUCGACUCGAAAUCCUCGAAGAUUGCUUGUGUAGUAUGUGCUCCAUGAAAGCAACACACAAACGAUUGUUGGGAGAAAUUGAGCGACAACGUACCAAUGCGGCGAAUGCGGCGAUGCCGGGGGAGAAACCUAAAGCGACAACCUCACGAAAGAAACGAGAAAAAGAAACCCGCAAACUAGAAGAAUUGGCUAGAAAGGCAAUCAUGGACCGAAAGGUCGAAGACGAAAUCAAGGGCCUCAAGAUGGAAAAGGUGUACAGUAAACACUCAACUAAACAGGUCAUGAUUGCUAGGCUGCCACCGGUAUUAGCUCUUCAUCUUCAGCGUUCCGCAUUCUUUGGUCGAGCAAUAAAAAAUCCCUGUCGAGUUACCUUUCCGGAGUACCUCGAUCUAGCUCCCUUUACGACAUCUGGACAACUAAGCACAUCACCAACAAUGCCUAUCUCACAACCGACGACUCCUGUUGUUACCCCAAUUGAUGGAAGGCCUUUUAUUUUCCCUAACUCUGGAUUGACCAACGGAGCAACACAUCUGGGACCCAACAGCCAAUUAUUCCCACCCAAAAGCCCAAUAGGUGGUGGCUGCACCAUCAUGUACCGCCUUGCAGCUGUCGUUUGUCACUAUGGGGCUCAUUCGUACGGACAUUAUGUUACUUUUCGUCGGGUGCCUGGUGAUCGCUGGAUAAGAGCAAGCGACGCCGAUGUUGCAGAGGUUUCCUUGCGAGAAGUAUUGAGCGAAACUGUGGGGACCUUUAUGCUGUACUAUGAGCGUGUGGAAGACGAAAAAACUGAACCAAGUGCCGAGCCUAAUGGGACAUACGAAGGUCAACAUCCGAUUGGGCUUGGUUCAACUCACACAACUUCGAUGGUGCUCCCGGUUGGAUCAAACGAAGACCAAACGUAUCGGACACCUCGACCUACUAUUCGUCCACGCGUCUUGCGCAGCGUCUCUAUCAUGUCGAAUUCUCGGUCUACGACACGAGCAAAUAGCACAGCUCCCGAUAUACUUGAAGUUGAUGAACCCCCAACAACCCGACCAAGAACAGAUACACCACAAAGGCCUCAAACGUCAUCACAGUCUCAACCUUUAAGAGUCCAGAAAUCUCCGCCUGUAUCCCCUCGACGACAGCGUAGAGACUAUUCUCCACAGCCGUUGACUCAUGCUCAAGUCCCAGUAGCUUUAUCGUCGUAG